UGUUUUGUGUGCGACAAAUGUCCGACAUUACGGGUUGUAGUCAACCCUACAAUUACGAUGCACUAUAUAGGAGUAUAAGCAAAGCGACCAGUCAUUGUGUCAACAGAGGCUAACAUGUUGGUAGCGAACAGGGAUCGCUCGUACCAGGCAAGCAUGAUCCUGUGGACGGUGGCGCUGGUGUCAGUCGGUAAUUUGAUAGUCGUCCAAGGAAAUGUAGACGUCAUGAAAGAUGUAACUCUGGGGUUUGGGGAGGCACUGCAGCAUUGUCGGGAAGAAAGUCAACUGUCCGAAGACAAAAUGGAGGAGUUCUUCCACUUCUGGCGCGACGACUUCAAGUUCGAGGAUCGUGAACUGGGCUGCGCCAUUAAGUGCAUGAGCUCCCACUUCAACCUGCUCACCGACUCGCACCGCAUGCACCAUGAAAACACCGACAAGUUCAUCCAGUCCUUCCCUAACGGUGAGGUUCUGUCAAAGUUAAUGGUGGAACUGAUUCAUAAAUGUGAGCAGCAUCAUGACGCCGAGUCAGACCACUGCUGGCGGAUCCUGCGCGUAGCGGAGUGCUUCAAAGUCUCGUGCCAAGCCCAAGGCAUUGCGCCGACCAUGGAGCUGCUGAUGGCUGAGUUCAUUAUGGAAACCGAGGCGAGAUGAAUUCCCGGAGCAUACAUUAGUUUAGCACAUAUAUUUAGUUAUUGAUAUGAUGUCAUAUAUUAUUUGAACGUCAAACUUAACACGCCUACAUUUAAUAAUAAUG